UAAUAGGUUAUUGUGAAACAAACACGGUGAAAGUUUUCGGAGAGAACAAAUCGGAAUAGGAGGGAGGAAUCCACUCACGGGAUCAAGCUUUAAGCCUCUAACCGUCUCCCUCACUGCUUACCUAAGAGGAAUCAACCUAGAAAAUGUGCUUUCACUGGAAACUUAACGAUCCUUCUUUCAAUCGUCGCCUCAAAACAUAAAUCCUUUCUCCUGUUUUUUUUUUUAGAACUCUGCAGAAUAUCCAGAAGGAAAAAUAACCGAAAUAAAAACCAGAAGGAAAGAGGGAAGGCCGAGAGCAAAAGAAGACUCUAGUCCCUUUCAAAAUGCUUGUGCAGUCCCUCCUCUCCUCAAAAACCCCCAGAUCUGUGGCCUGCAGCUGCUAUGGGGCUGAGACAAGCAGAUCUGGAGAUGGAUUUCCGGCGAUGGAGCGAGAUGGAUGAAGAAACCUACAGGCACAACUGCUGGAGAUGGAGAUCAAAAGUGGAGGUGAUGGUCAAUGAUGAUGAUGGUGGUGACGGUGACGACGCUGAUGGUGGUGAUGGCCGGAAUUGGGGGAGGGGGCUCCAAGGAGAAAGAUCGGGAACUUAUUUUCAACUCUGCUUUUUUUUCCUUGUUUUUUUUUAUUCUACACGGUUUUUCGAUUGUUGCUUGCUACUGCUAGUUCUCUUUUUGUAUUAUAAAAAGAGUAUUAAUGGAACUUAUUUUCAACUCUGCUUAGUUCUCUGUGUUUGACUGUUAUUUAUAAAAUGAAACUUAUUUUUAAAGAAAAUAUUAAUAUUAAUGGAAACAGUAUGCUUGUAUAAUUUAAUUUAUAUAAUAUAAAUCAUGACUGUGUUACUUUAUGAUGCAGGUGUUCAUCUUCUAGUUCUAACUCCAUAAUUUCAUCAAAAUGUCAGACAAUAUAGCAUUAGAGGAUUCUCGUGAGAACUUGGACAUUGCAACUGGUGCUAGUGCUAAUAUCUUCGAGAUCCUUGGGAAUGCUUUCUUCGAAACUGAUGCGGAUAUGAUAUCGGAUUCCUUCCUCUGUUGUCAGUAUCAUGGCCCCGUUUGCAAAAUGUUAAUGGAAUUGCCUGCCUUUCAACCUCAAGCAAGCAAAGCUGAGCAGGGAUCAACCUUCUGUGAAAGUAGGACAACUAAUUAAGAAGAAAUAAUUAGUGGCCCAUAUAAAACAGAAAAUGCCAGCUUGUACAUUUAUUACCAGCGUCUGACAUCGUCGGCCGGUGAGGACCUAGAGCUCAGCAACCAUGUGAAAUGUGUCCCUUAAAAUCUCUCGACAUCAAAGAUAUGAUGAUGCCGUCUACUGGUGGGGUUAAAAAUUAGAUGAGCAAUGCUAAAAGGACACUCGUUAAUUGCACUCUCCAACUAACAUUUUCACUUUCAUUCCAGUAAAGCUAAGCAGGGAAC